CAAAUAUGGCGAAAAACUUUAUGAUUGCUCUUACUAUAGGAACUUUAAAGUGAACGAAAAUGUUGAAUUUUGAAAAAAUUUGUCGAACAUGUUCAUCAGAAGGAUCAGAAGACGAAUUACAAUCCCUUUUUACUAAAGAUCCAUUUCUUAUUGCUGAUAUACUAAAUCAAAUUAUCGAUUUGAAGAUUAGGAAAGAUGAUAAUUUUCCACAAAAUAUAUGUAAAAUAUGUGUGGAAAAACUAAAAACAGCUUAUUAUUUUAUCGAACAAUGUCAAAUUGUAAAAAAUAAACUUGAGGGACAUUUAAAUAAUUUAAACAGUGACCCCGAAAAUGUUUUAGUUGAAAGUUUUGAUAGCGAUUAUCAACCAAUUGAAGUUUUAAUUAAAACGGAAAAUAUUGAAAUUCCACAAUUAACAUUUGAUUCUAGUACCGCUUUAGAAUUUCAUAUUGAUAACACAAGUUUGGAUACAUCGAAAUUCGAUGUGUACAAAGAAUGUAAUGUUUGUUUGAAGAAAAUUCAUAAAAAGCGUUACGUACAACAUAGAAAAACACAUUUUUCUAAAGGAUUCAAACAAUGUAAUAUUUGUUUAAAAAAAAUCGCUAACGAAGUUUUCGCACGGCACAUUCAAGCACAUUUAAAUGGUUCUCAUAAAGAAUGCGAAAUAUGUUCGAAAAAAUUAUUAAAACGAAAUUAUUCGCGUCAUAUGAGAAUUCACACGGGUGAACGACCAUUUUUAUGUACAAUUUGUGGGCAGGGUUUUAUACAAAAAGAAAGUCUACGUAUACAUUUAUUUAAGCAUGCCGAUGAAAAACCAUUUAAAUGUAUGUAUUGCGAAAAAUCAUUUACGAAACGUAUUUACUUAAAUUCUCAUACGAAAACGUUUCAUACUUUAAACUUAACGAACGAAUUUAAAUGUGGUCGAUGUUAUAAGAAAUUCCCGAAUGAAAACAUAUAUUCCGAACAUAGAUUAUCUUGUGAAAAUCUAUCAGAAUCCUUAUGUAAUCAUUGUGGAAAAGUAUUUGCAUCAGUAUCUUUAUUAAAAUCACAUAUAAUUACACAUGAAAAUGUACGACCCUUUACAUGUGAUAAAUGUUUGAAUACAUUUAAACGAUCAUGUGAUUUAAAACAACAUCAACUACUAAAACAUUCGAAUGGGAGACGACCGUUUAAGUGUGAUAAAUGUGAAAAGACAUUUUCAUCAAAUAAGACUUUACAUAAACAUCAAUUUAUUCAUACAGGUGAAAAACCACAUAAAUGUGCGGUUUGUAAUCAAUGUUUUAGACAAUCGACACAUUUAAAAUAUCAUAGUUAUACACAUACCGGGGAAAAACCGUAUAAAUGUUCAUAUUGUGAUAAACAAUUUGCUUUUAAAAGUAUUUUAAAAAGUCAUUUAAUUAAUGUACACAGUACUGAAGAUCAUAAUUAUGUUUAGCUGAUAAGGGAAAAUUAAUUUUUAAA